AUGCCUUCAUUCCGCAGAGUUGUCCAGGGCCUCGCCCUCACCACUAUCUUCACUAUGUCUGCCGGCUCUCCAGUACCACCACAAGCGGACUCGGCAAAUUUGGGGCAUUGUGGAGGAAGACCAAGACCCACCGUCACCAUAACUACCACGGUCACGUCAGGUUUACCAGUCGCCACGGGCGGUCCUAGCGAUCCCAGUGAUCCCGUUGAUCCCACAGGUACCACAACAGCUACGAGUGCUUCGUCUACGAGUGCUUCAUCUACGAGUGCGGCACCAACUGGAGCAGCGCCUGCGCUUCCCACCACCGGAGUUGCCCCCGAGCUCCUCGGUCCAGAUUUCCCCCUCCUACACGUAGCCAUCGGCCGCGGCGUCCAAAACUACACCUGCGCCGGGGCCGGAUCCAACUCCACUGCCGUCGGCGCCGUAGCCACUCUUUUUGACGCAACUGAACUCGCGUUCACCGACUUAGACGCUGUCCACGCCGCGGUCUUAGCCGUCAUCAAGAAGCCCCAGGAUGGUAUCCCCGUAAACAACAACGUUCAGCUCCAGAAAUUGGGCGAUCACUUCUUCGACCAAAACGGAGUACCCACCUUUAACUUGGGCCCAGAGGGCAAAAUCUUCUACGCUGCCAAAACUGGAGGCGCCAAGGCGCCUGCCAACGCAGACAAAGGUCCUCUCGGCACCGGGGCGGUCGACUGGCUCCAGAUGAAGCCCAAGGUACCAUAUAGCUCGGAAACUGUUGGUAUCGGCGAGGUGUACCGCGUCGAGACAGCAGGUGGUGUUGCGCCUCCAUGUACCGAAGCUGGACCAAUCUCUGUGCAAUAUGCCGCCGAGUACUGGUUCUUCGCAUAA